AAUAACAAUAAUAAAAAAAAAACUCUCUCCCUUACCAACUUUCUCUCUCUAACCCAUCUUUUUGGUCUGUGUUUUUGACUUGGACUCUCUCCCCACACGCUCACAAAUGAAAACGGCAAUAAUAACAAUGAAACUCUCUCUCUACAAUCUCUCUCCUUAACAGUUCUUCUUCUUCUUCUUCUUCUUCUUCUUCUUCUUCUUCUUCCACUCUCAGAGGCUAACCCGCGCCAAGCACUCCGGCUCGGCGAUGGGCGUACUGCGCCACCGCCACCACCACCAAAACCACCAACAUUACAAUAACUGCCACCACUGUCGUUUUCUAAGGCUUUCCACUAUUACGGCGCUUACUUUUCUCUUGUUCGCUUCCGCCUCAGCUCUGUUACCGACCCAACUCAUCGGUGGGCAAGGGAGUAGAAGAAGUACUACAAGUGUUAAAAGUGGAGUUUUGGAGCCGGAGAAGAGACUGGCCGGACCGGGUUCUUCUCCGCCGACGUGUCGAUCGAAAUGCGGGAGGUGCUCGCCUUGUAAAGCGGUUCAUGUACCGAUUCAGCCCGGUCUGAGUUUUCCCCUCGAGUAUUAUCCUGAAGCUUGGAGAUGCAAGUGUGGCAACAAACUCUUCAUGCCUUGAAAAAAAAACCAAAAAAAAGAAAGAAAAAUAAUUUAAAUGAUAUAAGCUUCAAAGGUUUAAGCUUUUAGCUCUAGCUCCGAGCUAAGCUAACACAGGGAUGAGAAACAGAGGUGAAUGAUCUUCUUUGGGUUGAAAACUCUUGUCAGUAAUUAUUAAAAGCAUUUUUAGUAUUUAGCGAUGAUGAACUUCAUUAUUAUAAUGUUACUUUUUUUUUCUUUUCCCUAUUUUGGUGUUAAUAUAUAUAACUAUUGAUGAUUCAAUGUGGGAGACAAGUUAGAACUUUGGGAAUGUAAGAUUUGUUAGGUGA